AUGGCUUAUGUCUGGAUCCUCAUGCUCGUGACUGCUCUGGCUUCAGCCAGAGCGGGUCCUGUCCCCACUUCCAAGCCCGUUACCACCAAAAGGAGCUGUGACUUUGGCAGAUUCAAUUCUCUGUCGCCCAGGGAGGUGACAGCCUUCAGGAGAGCCAAGGAUGCUUUGGAAGAGAGGCUGCUGCUGAGGGACUGCAACUGCAGCUCCCGCCCCUUCCCCAGGACCAGGGACCUGAGGCAGCUGCAGGUGUGGGAGCGCCCCGUGGCCUUGGAGGCCGAGGUGGCCCUGACACUGAAGGUCCUGGGCAAUGUGACUGGCUCCUCCCUGGAGGCCGUCCUGGACCAGCCCCUGGGCACGCUGCACUACAUCCACUUGGAGCUCCAGACCUGCCUCUCAGCUCAGCCCGCAGCAGGCACCCGGCCCCGAGGCCACCUCCACCACUGGCUGCACCGGCUCCGGGAGGCCCAGAAGAAGGAGUCUCCAGAGUGCCUCCUGGCGUCUGUCACCUUCAACCUCUUCCACCUCCUCAAAAAGGACCUAAACUGUGUUGCCAUUGGAGACCAGUGCAUCUGA